CCCGGCGAGGCGAGGCGAGGCGAGGCGGGGAGGCGGCGGGAAUUGGAGGAGCGGCGCGGGCUGGAGGGAGCGGCGAGGUGUCCGGCGGUGGAAGCUUUCAGAUGAAACCCUGGAAAUCCCAUGCAGAAACAACGCUGAGGAAGGUUAUGGUUCCCAAAGUCAGACUCUCUGCUCCGAAAAUCGUAGGACCACAAGGCAGGAAGGGAGACGAGGGGUUUCUCUGCCGUCAGAACGGCGUCGCCUGUGCGUGCUGCCUCUCUCAGGCCUCGAGUCCUUGCACCUGGCUAAAAGUACCUGAAUGAACUGACCAAGAAGAGGGACCAUCGCAAACCUCCCAUUCAAAGCAGGACUUCACCUGUCUGUUUUCUCCUCCUGAAAUGGCUUGCAGAAGUUACCAAUGCACUGCAAACACGAAACUGAGAGAUGAAUGCCUUCAAGCAAAAUACCUCCUAUCUGCUCUGAGACACAGGGUACCUAAUGUGACUACCCACGUCAGCAUUCAGUUCUCCUGAGGAGUAAGGACUGAGCCUGUCACAGGCUCUUGCAGCUGGGCCCCUGCCAAGAGUGGCAAAUCUGGGUGGAGAGACGCCACUGAGGAUAACGGCUGCAGAGUGAAGCCAGCCCAUGCUCGACUGCGAUCCAGGGCUCUGCAGCGUGCCUGCUCUGAUGUCUAAUACGGCUUUGGGGCAGGCACUCUUAACCAUGGACAUUUAUGUACUGAAGCUUGGCAUGCCUUUGUUGUAGGACAUGAGUCUUUGAAUUGCCAACUUUUCAACAAGCUAUAAAAUGUGUGUGAGAAGAUAAGAGCCAAGGAGCCUACGCUUCUUACGAAAGCUUGUGGUCUGCAAGAUGCUCAUCAUGCUCUGCAUAAUUGACCAGCUUGUUGGAAGAUGAUGUUUAUUCCUGCUUGAAGCUGCCAUUCUGAAAACAAACAGCAGAAGAAUGUGGAAGAAUUCAAGCCUUCACUGUGUUUUAGCACUAGCUAUUUUAUGUUUAACAAGCUUAAUAUGUAGUCAAGAGAUAGGCUCUCCUGGGGAACCGCAGAAUUUGAAAUGUAUAAUGCACAAUUUACACAAAAUGAUCUGCACUUGGGAUGUCUCUUCCAAAGGAAGAUACGGACAAACUGAUUUCUGUUAUGCCACCAGUGACCUCCCCCUUCCAGUGUGUAUUAAAACUAGAGAGAGAAGAGUAGAGAUUCCAGUCUCGGAGAGCUCCAUCACCGUGACAAUAACCACAAACAGCAUUUAUGAAGCUGCUUUUGCCACCAAAAAAUUUGCAAUUCACAAGAAAGACAUCUCAUUUGUUCCGCUCCCUCCACGCAUCCUUAGUUUAACUCCUGACUUUUCAACUUCCACAUUAAAUCUGAAGUGGAGUGAUAAUGGAUCAGUCUUCCCAUAUGGAUUGGAUGCUUUUUGGCAGAUUGAGAUACUCCGUAAAGAAACAAUGGAAAAAGUAACACAAGUAACGUACCAUUCAAAACUGAUGCAUGAAAACAUCAUCCUUUCUUGGAACUGGACAUCGGACAUGCCUUUGGAGUGUACAACGCACUAUGCAAAGAUUCGCUGUUACAUUAAUAUCACGGACUUUGUGGGCCACAAGGAUUGGAGUGACUGGAGCCUGGUAGAAAAGGUUCCUGGAAAAGAUACGGAGCCCAAUGGGAGCGGGGUUUUUCCUCAGGACACUGUGGUGGCAGUAGGUUCAGAUGUGAUGAUUUGUUGUGUCCAUGAAGAAGGUCAACAGAUACAACAGAUGACUUACGGACCAGAAAUAUACCCACUGAUACAUCUGAGCAGUCGGAGCAGUGCAAUCAGGGUGCUAAAUGCCAGUGCUUCAGAUACCAGUGGGACAAAUGUAGUAUGUACGCUAUCCCAAGAUGAGAUGGAUGGAACUGUCUUGUUUGUAGGAUAUGCCCCUGAUACUCCCCAAAACCUCAGCUGUGAAACAUCCAACUUUCUGAUAAUAAAAUGUACCUGGAAACCAGGCAGACCCAGUGGACUAUAUGGAAAACGAAGAACGAAGUACAGUUUAUUGGAAAGAAUAUCUGGUAAAAACGUUUCCUGUGAAGUAAAUGAAAUGAACAGAGAGCGUGUCUGUGGCUUCCCAGUGCUGCCUGAUCAAAAAACCUACAUUUUCACAUUAGGCGUCUCCAAUCCUAUUGGGCAAACGGAGUCCUCACUUUUGGUUGAUUUAACUCAGAGAGUUCAUCCAAAAACUCCAGAAAAGUUAACUGUUUCUGGGAACAGUUCUACAAAUGUCCAUCUGCGUUGGUAUAUAAAUGGCAGCUUUACUGAGAUCCGGCUUCUGUGUCAAAUUGAAAUUAGCAGCGGUCACUCUGAGCAAAAACUGCACAACGUCUCCAUGCCUGGUGGAAAAUUCUCGACUUACACAGCUCAGCUGAGUGCACUGCACCCCUAUACCAAAUACCAGUUCAGGGUGCGCUGUUCAGCUGCUGAGCACUUCUGGAGAUGGAGUGAUUGGAGCAGGGUAGAGGAACACACAACGCUGGAAGCCCCUCCUGCAAGAGGACCAGAUGUCUGGAGAGAGAGAAGUCCUUCUGGAAGAAGUCUAAAAAUCUUUUGGAAGCCAUUGUCCCUUUCUGAAGCCAAUGGAAAAAUAGUGUCUCAUGAAGUGUCAUGCUACCUGCUAGAUACACCGCUGGAGUAUAAAGAAGUCACUGAACCCUCAAACAGUACUGAGAUAAAGCUUGGAAAAAACGAUUGUGUAAUUAGUGUUGUAGCCAAAAAUCACGCAGGCUCGUCUCCUCCUUCGAAGAUAACGAGCGUGGAACUGCCAAGCGACGAUGUCAGAACGGAGCGGGCCGUUGCGCUGGGGACCGGAAUUUAUAUUUCCUGGAAUUCUUACCCCAACGUGACCUGCGGCUACAUCGUAAAAUGGUGUCAUUCAUCCGGGUCUGAGCCCUGUAGUGUGGACUGGCAGAAAUUUCCUUCAAAUACAACAGAGGCAGUGAUAAAAUCUGCACUGUUUAGACCUGGCGUGCGAUACAACUUUUCACUAUAUGGCUGCAAAUCCAGUGGAUAUCAGUUACUGAAGAACAUAACUGGGUAUAUGAAAGAGCUGCCUCCAAAACGUGCACCAAACUUUACCGUAGAAGAAACAUCUUCAGAUUCAAUAUUGGUAAAAUGGGAAGACAUUCCUAUUGAGGAUUGUCAGGGGUUUCUAGAGGGAUAUCGGCUUUCCUUUGCAAAAGGUGAAAAAGAUGCUUUAAAGCCUAGGCUUUCAGAAUCAGGGAAUCCAGAACUUAAAGUUAAGAAUAUCACUGACUUAACAAAGAAGUCUUUGAGAAUACUUGAUCUUCAAGGCAAAACAAGCUACCAGCUGGAUCUACAAGCCUACACUGCUGGUGGGAUGAGCCCUCCAAAUAGCCUCUACGUGGUGACAAAGGAGGAUUCUGUGGGAUUAAUCAUUGCAAUCCUCAUCCCAGUGGCAGUGGUUGUUCUGCUUGGAGUAGCGGCCAGCAUCUUUUGCUACAGAAAGAGGGAAUGGAUUAAAGAAACAUUUUAUCCUGAGAUCCCAAAUCCUGAGAACAGCAAGGCACUGCAGUUUCAGAAGAACAUCUGCGAAGGGAAUAAGACACUUAAAACACUGGAAAUGAACCCUUGCACCCCCAAUAGUGUUGAAGUGGUGGAAACACAGUCUGCAGCUCCCAAGAUAGAAGACACAGAGAUGAUGUCCCCAGCUGCAGACACCACUGUGCCCGAGGAUGGCUGCGACUCAGAAAAUGAGAAUCACGUGGUUGUGUCCUACUGCCCCCCUAUCAUUGAAGAGGAGAUCUCAAAUGCCCCUAUGGAUGAACCUGUGGGGUCAUCUCAGGUGGUUUACAUUGACAUCCAAUCAAUGUAUCAGCCUCAAAUUAAAGCAGAGGAGGAGUCAGAAAUAGACUUAGUGACUACAGCAGGCUACAAGCCACAAAUGCAGCUGCCUAUCAGUGCUCUGAAAAUAGAGUCUCGCUUAGCUACAGAGGAAGAAUCAGAUAAAACUGCAGGUUACAGGCCUCAAGCAAACACAAAUGCCUGGAACAUGGACACUCCAGACUCACCCGGAUCAGUUGAAAGCAACAAUGAAAAUGCAUCUUUUGGUAGCCCGUGCUCCAUUAAUUCCCGACAGUUUUUGAUCCCCCCAAAGGAUGAUGAAGACUCUCCCAAACCCACUAACACAGGGUGGUCCUUUACACACUUUUUUCAGAACAAACCAAACGAUUAACAGUGAGUUCUCAUUGCACCUGAAGCUGCCUUCUAAAUAAGCUCUUAUUCCUGAUGUUGUAAAGAAAGGAGGAAGAUAAGUGCAAAAGGCAUGAAUAACUCUUGGAGACUGUCAGCAGAGGUUCAAGUGAGCUGAAUGUUACCAUGUUUAAGUUAGUGAAAGUGUUAAUGUUCCAUUUUAAUAGAGGCUAAAAGGCCAAAGUUAUAGCCAGUUAGUUAUUAUUCUAGUAAAAUAUAUUGGAUGUAAGGGGUAUUGAGUUUAGAUCUCCUGAUAAUCAUAGUCAAAGAACUCUGCCUACCUUCACAUAGUGUUCCAAGAUUAAUAUGGUCUCAUACAACUUAUAACUUAGAAAGAUUGCUUUGCUUUGUUGUAGUUGUUCUCAACUGUGCAUACUCAAAAGAUGUAGCCCAAACAGGUUUAUGAAUGGAAGGUUUAAUUUAUCACAGACCUCAGCCUAACGCAUAGAAACAGCAUGGUUGGAAACUCUUGAGAUCUUUCACCUACUCAUAAACUAAAAACAGAUCAAAGUGCUAUUUUUUUCUCCCGUAUGGAAGAGUAUCAUCACUGUUUAACACUUCUUAAGCAAUGGCCAUUCAUAUGUGUUGCUUUUUAACUAGACACUAGUUUCUGUACCUACUGUACAAUGUUUAUUCAAUGUUUGACUCAGGGGUACAAGCUUGGAAAAAAAGUGUAACACUGAUUUAAACCUCAGUGAGAACUGCGUCAAGUUGAAAACUUUUUUUUAAUCCUUAAAAUGCUCUAUAUUUUUUCUAUCCUUUGGUUAAGGAGUAAAUAUUUCCUAAUGUAUUGCACUAAUGCAUUUUGUAUUUUUAUAGCUUCAGCUCCAGAUCUCUUGUCUCCAAGUGGUACAAUAUUCCAUUCUCCCACAGUGUUCAUCAGUCUUUGGUUGUACUACACACCAAUGUCAGCCAUGGGGAAAUCUACAUUUACUAACGUUAGCUGACGAAACAGUUUAGCACCAGAAAUUAGGGAUAGUAAUAUUAGCUCCUUGAGAACAAAUUGCUCCUUGGAUUAUCUUUACUGUAUUAGCUUUGCCACCUGCUGCCUGGCUGUUCUCCACAGUAUCUACCCAGCGGGGCCCUCUCAACAAAUCCCCCCUGGGAGUGCUAGGUGGGAUUUUUCUGCUGGCAGGGAGAAACCCAAUGAGGUUUUGGUGUUGCUAAUUCUACCUCUCCUUUACCAGACAUGUAAUGCAAAGAUAGCUUAGAUGAUGUAAAUCUGUGUGCUUAAAGAAAUGUUCAGAACAAUCGUCUUUGAAAACUUUUGUUUUCACAUGCGCACCUCCAGGCAGCUCUGAUUGAUUGUAACAUUUCACUGUGUAAACUUCAGACUCUGGCGCACACAUAUAAGUUUCACUAGCUUGCACCAGAAAGUGCUUUCUAAUUUACCUGUUCCUUACUGUAAAACACAGUUGUGAGAGGUUGUACGUUAAGGCACUUGAUCAGAGAGGGUCUCUAUAAAGUCCUCAGUGAAUCUUUUUUUUUAGAUUUUGAUUUCUGUAACUAGUUUGUGGCUUUUUGAAUUAUAAGGUGAAGGAAUGGAUAAGAUCCUGAGACAGAUAGGGAGGCUGAAUUUGCUAAGCUAUUAGUUCUAAAGAAGUGAGAACAGACCAGGAAGAUGGCUAGCUUGGUAGACAUUUGGUCCACAAAACCACAUGAUCUGGCUGUCAAAAUAAAACCAAGCAUUGAGCUAAACUCAAUCACAGCAGUAGAUGGUGAAAUUUCAGAUAUUGGAAUGUCUGUGCCAUCUCCACAGAAAGAAAGAAUAGGGAGAUUUCAAAACUGAUGAAAAGUCAAAUAAGUAAAUAGCAUCCAAAUCCUCAUCAGUAGUAACUGCCCGUGUGCACCUUCUGGAAGUGUGAAAGCAGUAAAAAUAGAUCUGUCUACAGACCUGACAGAAUACAAGGUCUGUCUGAAAAAACAGAAAGUGCGGAUAAGAUUCAGUAUUCAAGGAUGAAUUUUGGAAUUAAGAGAGAUGCAAGUGAAAAGGCAGACAGACAGUGAGAAGAGCUGGCAUCCAUCAGUUACAAGACAUCACUGCAGGAGAAGGUUUCAUGCCUAAUUAUUACUGCCUGUUAUUCAGAACACUAGAUUAAUACAUAAAAGGAGGUAGUUCUGCUCCUGUGCGCUUGGUGGCUGGGAGGUGGCUAAAUCCAAAUAGGAAAGACCUGUUCCUUCGCUUCCAAAGCUCACAACACCUCACCGAGAGCAGAUUUCUUUUCAGUACUGCAAAGCUGCCUUAAUGUGUUUAGUACCUAAGGUGAAUUUUAGGCUGUGCUGCCAUAUGCUUUUAAUUAAAAGCAGAUGAUGUCAAGGAGACACUGCAUGGGUUGUGUGUGGGGUGGGGGGAGUUGUUUGUGUGUACGGUUUUCUUUUUCUUAUGGAGCAGUUUUUCAGUACAGAGAAGCAAUCACUGUUGUAUGAUGAUCCAAAUGACAAAAAACCCCUUUGUGUUGGAACAGCUGAUCUUGAGGAAUAACUAUGCUUUCUUAUGGCUGUGUAUAGCAAGAAGCAAAAUCAAACUGAAGUUUGAGCGUACUAGCAGGUUUUUUUAGCUCAUCAGACUGGAAGCCAGGGCAACUGCAGAGCAUGUACAGAGUGCGCAAAGAGUAGCCUGACACCCAUGCAAUGUUUCCGCAGAGGAUCACUUAACCUGAGCACACGUUGCUUGUAUUUUUCCUCUGUGCUGCCUUUCCUUUUCAGCAAAGGCAACAGCAUUUUAAAUUGGUAGAUUUCUUAGUGAUAAGCUGGAGAAAAGUUCCCCAAAUAUAGGGUCUGUCACAGUGUUAUCAAAGCGCUCCCAUCUAAUUAUCCAUCACUUUUUUUCCUUCGAUUAUCUAUUUUAAUUGAAUUAUUUCAAGGAUGUAGAACACAAGAGUCCUUUUAAUAGUAAUGGCUUACCACACCCAUAAUGUUUUAUCGGUAACACUAGAGCGGGGCAAAUAGAGGAGAGGCACCGGCUCGUGCAGCAUGUGCAGCACUCAGUGGUUGUGAACCAGCAGGCAGUUUUCAUCUGAGCAGCUGAAAGUUCAGUCACUUCAGCUCUGUGGUUUCCUUGGAGCCUGUUCAGUGCUCCAGGUGAGGACUCAUUCAAAUGCCUAUCUUAAAUCUUCAGCAGUGAGUCCAAAUAUGAGCUGGAUAGUGGCACUGAGAAGCAACUUCUCUUCCAUACCAAAUUUACUUUCAAAGCAUGGUGCUGUUUAGCUUCCAAAUGUAUAGAUAACAAUUAUAAGACUAAAGCUUUGGGCUUCAAAGGGGAUCAGACUCCUUGAACUGACGCCUUCAGAGUUCCUGGUGAGCCUCUUCCAUCAAGUCAGAUAGAGGCAGAAUUCCUCCCCCUCGUUUCUGAAAAAUAUCUUAAUAACUAGAAGUACUACAUUUCCUAACCAUCACUUUUUUGAAAGCGCUUAGUUCUGUAUUAAAUAUUUUUUGUUGUUUUAGUUCUUUUGUCUUUUUGUUUUUUUCUAAAGAGUGGGAAGUUCUGAUUUAAAAACAAAAAAUAAAAAAACAACUUCUAGAAGGGAUACAGACAGAAUGGAUUGUGUCCAAAACCACCAUUACUGUUAACUCAGUGUUUGAUCAGUGUUCAGAGAAGUAGGAUGUCAGGGUCAAGCAAUUACUUUCUGAAGCAAAUCAUCGAUGCUGCUGCUUUUUUUUUUUGAGCCAUGACUGUCAUAUGUGAUGACUGGGUUUGGUUUUUGUAAUGGGUUUUUAUACUGUUCACUUUAUGCACAGAACAUGGGUCACAUUUGAUGUAACAGCGGGCACUCUCCUGUUUGGUGUGUUCAUUAUUUUUGUUGUACUGACUGACAGGUGGGGGGAUCUGGGAUCUUGGGUUGUGUGUUAAAUACUGGGGUUGUAGAUAUGAAUAUGAUAUACCUCACAGAACUACUAGCUAAUAUAUCGUCAAAAAGAGUAAGCUAAUGUUGCAGGCAGGCAGUUAAUUAUCUCCCCUGCUAUGUGAUGGCUGCAUAUGCAGACUUAGGACCUAAUGACUGACAUUUCCUGUGGUAGCUGUCUUUAUUAUUUGUAGCUGCUACUUUCAUAGGUGAACCAUGUCCAAAGGGAACCAGUAGCUGUGUUGUCCAUCAAGGCACAAUUGGCAAAUGCAGCAUGUUUCUUCAUCUUUGCUUUAUGUGGGGGACCAGAGCUUUCCUUUGCUGGGAACGUGAAAGCAGGGAAUUCCUGCUGGACUAGAGUUUUAGGCUGCUCUGAAGAGGCACCUCCAAGCCUGUGUGUAUGUAUCUGUAAGUUCAACUGGGUGGAGUUGGAGCUUAGGGCUGUGGGGUUCCCUGUGAUGUUGUCCUUCUCCAUGACACUCAGUUGAAUGUGAAAAUUGCUUAUUGAGAAUAGUAGCAAAAAUGAAGACAAUUGGAUGCAUUGGAGGGAUAAGGUGUUUGGAGAUCACUGUUAAAAGGAAAUGACAAAUUGUGUGCUCUAUUUUUAGAGUUUAUUUCAUUGUAAAUAGAAUAUUUGUACCUAUAAGUAGAUGGAAACAUAGUAAAAGAAUUUGAAAUACUUAGAAAAAAUGUGAGUAAUAUUUGAUGAAUCAGAUUGCUAACAAGGCUCUGUGUACCAUAAAUUUGUCAAGAGCUUCCCAUGUAAAUAGCAUCCUCUGUUCCACCACAGACUUUGAUGGAGUCCUCAGUUCAAAUGGCAUUAAUAUUUUUAACACUAAGAAAGGUCCUAACUCCUUAUGCAAAUAUGUGCUUACAUCCAUAUGUGCCUAGGUGUGUAUUGCAGAAGUUGUUGGCUUGCAGUUCUCAGAGCAUUUUUUUUCAGAUCCCUGUACUUGAGUGUAUGUAUGCCUUGAGGUGCAGUUUCAUCUUGAGGAAAAGGCUGUCGUCUGCACUCCUCCCAACGUGUUACAUCGAGGUUCAUGCUGUUGUGCAUUUAAUGGUGACCUGUGUGAUUAAUGUUAGAGAUGCCUUUGGCAGUUCUGAUGGUUUUUUGUUGGCUUUUUUCUUUGACUUCUCCAUAGCAAAGAUGGAAACACAAUCCCAGACCCCAGAAUGCCAGACACAGAUUCAGAAAUGUUGGAGUAUUUAAAAGACUCAUUUCCUCAUGCUUAGGCCAGUCAUAAAUUUUUAAAUAUCUUCCUAAAAGCUGGAAAACAGUUUCUUCCAUAACAAUUUUAUUUCCCUCCACCCCCAUUUAUGUAACUCUGGAUUUCCCCCAGUGUUUCUAAGAUAGCCAGUGUUUGUUUCCUUUUUGCAUGUUAUGCAAACAAACCUCAGAUGAUAUUGGCAGGGUUUUCUGUGACUUUACACGUUGUCAGAGGGUGCAUAACAAUCCUUUUCCUCCACAAAAAUGUCUGUUAAUUUCUUUCACUUUUACAACAAAAAAAAGUCUGCAGAGGACUUCCAGAUUGCAGAGGACCGGCUCUGCUUGCCAGGAGAGGGGAGCUGGUGUGACGGCUGGGUGCUGCGUGGGAGCACGGGGUUAAUCUCGCUCCCCUUCCUGCAGCGAGCCAGGCAGAGCCGCUGCGGGAAGCGAGCUGGCGCCGGCUUCGAGCACCUCCGCACCAGCUCGGGCAGGGCCAGGCUGCAGCCCUGCUCACCCGAGGGAAACGGGGUGGAUGUCGUCCUUCGUGGACCGCCCAGGCCACUUGGGGGUGGCCCCCAUCCAUGCCUCAGCUGUGUGGUGGCAUCCUUACUGUGUUCAUGGGUUACCCAGCAGUCGCUCUAGGUAGGUUUUUGGAAGGUCCCAAAUCUGCACUUAAUUAUUGUUGCAUGAAAGCAGGCUCUAAUGGAAAUACUGGCAAGACUUACACCAACACGCUGACUGGCCCGAGUUUCAGUGCCUCUGCAACUCAGUUGGUCUUACGUGGUGCAAAAUGUAGGACCCAGAGAGUGAAGCCUGCCCAGAAAGUAAAAGGAAGUGAAAUGUUCUUUCUUUGAUAAUUUGGGCUAAGGAAAAACUGAAAAAACAAACAGCUCAAAUGGGGCAAAGUGAAAUAGAAACUGAUAAGGUCUCAUGCUUUUAAGCAGUAAGACGAUAAAAAAAGAAUUUUAGAAGUUCACCUUGAUGGGUUAUCCUUAAUGUGAUUUAAGAGUGACUUAGGUUGAACAACAUUUCAUGCUUCGUAGUGUGUCAGAAAAGCUUAUAAAGCAGGGAAUAGCAAAAAAAGAAGAUAACCGACCCUUGUCUGAAAUCCCCUCCCAAACAUAACUUUAAUUUGAUCUUUGAUCCCAUUGUGGUGCACAAAGCAGUGGAGCUGAUGGAGUCAUACAGGUCACCUGGAAAAACUACAUUGUACUGAAAUGCUGUAACUUGUAAAAUAUAUACUGUGAACAGGUUCAAUUUUUUUUUAGCUUUCACUUUUUAUACCAUAUUUUUUACAGCGUAAAUGAUUUGUUUAGAGAUGUUUCUAUGUUCUGUUUUUACAAAAAUUUUAAUGGACUUUUGUUCAAUACUAGUGAAAGUAUUGUUUGCCAGUUUGCAAUGGUCAUCUAUAGAAGUUAGUUCUGAGAAUAAAAAAUAAAUCAAACUGACAAAAUAGUCAUCCUAACACACUAAAUCUAAUCAGUCAUUUAUCAUACUUAUGUUGCUGAACAGUACUGAAGUUGUCCAGCUUCCAAAUCUGUUGUUGAAAAAGACGUUUCUUUCACGAUUUAAGCAAAAUGAUCACAAGGCACUUUAAUGAGGUAGUAGCAUACCAAGUAAAAUACUGAUUCAACAAAAUGUAUCAGCAAGCAAAUUUAUUAGCUAAGCAAUUAGACAAAUGCAUGCUUGAAAAAGGAAGAGUGGAGUCAUGUUGGGGAAAUAGUAUUCCAGUAUGGCAAGUGACAUGUAAAACUAAACUAACACUAAGAUACCAACUUUGCAUACUUUUUAAACCUAGUUUGCUUGGCUGUUGUAACUCCUGAUGUAUCGCUUUUGUGUGUCUAAAAAAUACGCAUGUAUUUAACAGUUUUGCCAUAGUAUUACUAUGGAAUUUAAUAAAUAUAUUUUCUUACACUCUUA